GCCAACUGUGCCGGGAGCAGCCCCGUGGGGCCAGCCAUGCGCCCUCCGCUCCGCCGUCUUCAGCCCCAGAGCAGGUGAGUGACAAGGACGCCGGGACACCCGCAGGCAGCUCCGCCUCCCCACGACAGCCAGGGACACUCGCCUACCUCAGGCUCCGUGCAGCGAGAUCACAGGAGUCUCCUCUGCCCGGCGUGAUUUUUGCAGGGUAUCCUCAGGCCAUCUGGAAAGGGGGAAAGGAUGACGAUGGUGGAUCCCCAGUACCAUUCUUGGAUCUUUGUCAACGAGAGGACAUUCAUAACCAGGGAGCAACUUAAUUCUUUACUGGAGGCCUAUAAUGUUUUCUAUGAAAACCAGAAAAAUCUGCAUAUUUUGUAUGGACAGACUGAAGACGGACAACUGGUUGUUGAAGGGAUGCUGGACAUUUUCUGGGGAGUGAAACGACCCAUACAGCUGAAAAUACAAGAUGAGAAGCAAAUCUCUUCUUUUGAUCUGUUGAAGUCAACAGAAACAUUUUCCAGCAAAGGGAGGAUGACACGCUGGGGAGAGUUUGAUGACCUUUAUCGUAUCAGUGAGCUGGACGGGAGCCAAGACUUGCUGUCUGAAGGAAGGCAUUCCCCAGAAGACUAUUUAUCUUAUCACAGCACUCUGAAGCCAUAUGCAGAGGAAGAGCCGGAUUCCCCACUGCUCUACAGGACCAUGAGUGAAGCAGCUUUGGUGAGAAGAAGGACGAAGGCUCCCAUGGCGUACAGAAAAGACAGACAGAGUCAUAGAGCCUCUAUCAACGGACACGUCUAUAACCACGAGACAUCCAUUUUCACCCCAACCUUCGGAUCAGAAACCAAGGUCAGAACAAACAGCACCAUGAGAACUGAAGAAGUAAUAAAGCAACUUCUCCAAAAGUUUAAGAUUGAGAAUAGCCCUCGGGAUUUUGCUCUUUACAUUAUUUUUGGAACAGGAGAGCAGAGAAAACUAAAGAAGAGUGAUGUCCCACUGCUGCAGAGGCUUCUCCAAGGCCCAUCCAAAAGCAACGCUCGGAUCUUCCUCAUGGAUAAAGACACAGAAGAAAUUAGCAGUGAUGUGGCGCAGUACAUUAAUUUCCACUUUUCUUUCUUGGAAUCCAUUCUCCAGAGAUUAGAUGAAGAAGAGAAAAGGGAGAUCGAGAGAAUAAUGGCGAAAUUCAGUAGCGAAAGGGCCUUUAUCCUGAAGUGUCUUCAGAGUAAACAGGCAGCAAAAACAGAGACCACAGUCUAGAAGCACGGCACCUGCACUGACUAGCACACCUCAACAGAGCUGGAGAGGGCAUCAUCGGAUGAGCUUCCGGUCUGCCUCUGCAUUCUGGUAUUCAGGACCUGGAAGCUGCGGAAAACUGAAUGCCAAAUAGCCUGCUUCCUCUUUGAAAUGAGGUUGGCUGUGGUUCAGAGUUGAACUAAGGCAAGAUUGGACUUCAUUUCAGUAAUUGAAGGAGCUUGGAUACUAUGUAUUCCUAAAAUCAUUCUGAGCCUAGGCCAGAAGAUUACUAUGAAUUCAGGCCAGCUUGGAUUACGUAGUGAAUUCCAGACCCAAGAAUAAGGCCCUCUCAACACACACACACACACACACACACACACACACAUACACAUACACACACACUCUGUAUAGUCUACAAAGUGCAUACAAAACUCAGCAAGCCUCCCAUAGAAAAAGAAAGUUGGAAAACUCACAGAAGAGAAAUUACAAGUGUAUACAAAGUAUUGUAUCUAACUGUAAUCAUCAAUUCAGGUCAGGAGAAACUGAGCGGUAACAUAGGCAGAGUUUAACGUGAAGAAUUGUUAAGCUACACUGGGACAGCAACAAUAAGGAUGGGAAGAGAACUCUAACGGGUGCCUGGGCCCACACAGCCUGUCUUGAGUAUUUGUGGACACAAUGAUUUCGACUGAGGAUCCAGCCUGCACUUCUUUCCAGAUUAUACCACCACUGACGGAAACAAAAGCUGGAGAAGCAGGCCAGGUAGGGAGAGACAGAGAAAUCUGCAGCUCAUUGGCUGCCAACAUUAGGGAAACCCCUGGAUGCAGUGUAGAAAAUCUCUCCUCUCCAGGGUCUGGAGCGGCAACAAAGACUGCAAUGGCUUUCUAGCGCCCUCUGCUGACAGUAUGUGAUAUUGUCCACGCUGGGAAGAAAAAUUUAAAGCGGCCUACCCUAAACACACACACACACACACACACACACACACACACACACACACACACA